ACUUUUUUUAUACCACUUUAUCAGAGCUGCAGACUACAACCCGCCCCCCUGAAUACUGUGUACUGAAGACACUGACUUCUUCUCUUGUAGAUGUGCAUUUCAGCAUUUAUACUCUAAGUGCCGCUAUUGGACUACAAUCAAAUAACAAAGGAGAACAUCUUUAGUCCCUCCUCUUUUUUUUUUUUACUGUUUUAGGACGUAUCCGUUUGUCAUUUAACACUCUACCUCUACCUUCAACACUCUAGAAUUAUCUGUUGUCAUUUUUAUUUAUUUUAAAUCACCUUUUGCAUAUUUCGUAAACCAACCGUUUGAGACGGGAUAUUUUAAAUUGAUAUGGAUUAUUUACUCCCGUGUUUUAUAUCUUGUCUUCGUCGGACUACUACAACACAGAAAAAAUGGAAGAUCGUGUUUUUUAUAUUAAUUAUUUACGGAUUAGACGUCGUCUUUUGCCAAGCGCAGUAUUCAAUACCGGAGGAGAUGCCCGAAGGCUCAUUCAUAGGAAACGUCGCCAAAGAUUUGGGAAUUGAUAUAAAUAGACUGAUUUCAGGUAAAGCUCGCGUUGUGACAAAGGGCGGUCGCCAGUAUGUCGCGCUAAACAGAGACAAAGGCAAUCUGGUAGUAAAGGAGAGGAUAGACCGAGAGGAGCUCUGCAAGCAAACAACGCCCUGCAGCUUCAGUUUUGAUCUGAUAAUUGAAAAUCCAAUUCAGCUCCAUCGUGUGAUAGUCGAGGUUCAAGACAUUAAUGAUAAUGCACCAAAAUUUCCUACAGUUUCUGUCAAUUUAAAGAUAAUUGAAAACACACCAUCUGGGACACGCUUUCCUUUAGACAGCGCUGUAGACAUGGACGUAGGUGCAAAUGGAAUUCAAAAUUAUGCUUUGAAUCCUGCUAAUCCUUUUAAGUUGGAAAUACAUAACCACGCUGACGGCAAUAAACGCGUGGAAAUCGUUUUGCAGCAAGAUUUGGAUCGAGAAGAACGCCAUGAGUUAAAAUUAAUACUUGCUGCCUUAGACGGAGGAUCUCCUAAAAAAUCUGGUACUGUUCAUAUUAAUAUUUCUGUGUUAGAUGUUAAUGAUAAUGCUCCGAUCUGCAACCAGACUUUAUAUAAAGUACAAGUGAAAGAAAAUGCUCUCAUCGGGACACAUUUAACUACAGUAAACGCUGUUGAUGCGGACGGGGGAGUGAAUGGCCAGGUCUCUUAUUCAAUUGGACAGGCUAAUGAAGCAGCAAGGAAGGGUUUUGAGGUCAAUUCUGGAACAGGUGAAAUUACAUUAUUACAAACAUUAGACUUCGAAAAAGAAAGUAGCUAUCUUUUAUAUAUCACAGCAAUGGAUAUAGGUAGUCUUUCUGAUACGUGCAAAGUUAUGAUUGACGUUGUUGAUGAAAACGAUAAUUCUCCCACCAUACAGCUUAUGUCAUUUUCCCACACCAUUGCGGAGGAUUCUCCAUUGGGAAACACAGUAGCUGUUAUUAAUGUAGAGGACGCAGAUUUUGGUAAAAACGGUGACGUGCAGUGCAAAAUAAACGAUAAUAUACCGUUUAAAAUAGAAUUAACAGUUUCUGAUUACUUUGCAUUAAUUACCGAUGAUCUUCUUGAUCGAGAAAAUAUAGCUGAAUAUAACAUAACUAUUUUGGUGAGCGACCAAGGAAUCCCUGCUUUACACAGUAACAAAACAUUGACUGUUAAGAUUUCUGAUGUAAACGACAACCCACCCGUUUUUAUGGCUGAAAAGUAUAAAACAUUUAUUAAUGAAAAUAACUCACCAGGCGUCGCUGUGCUAACAGUUAAAGCCAGUGAUGCUGACUGGGGUCCCAAUGCUCGAAUGUCAUAUUUUUUAGAUGAUAGUGAUGUAAUGGGCAACUCAGUGAGUUCGUUUAUAUCCAUCAAUUCAGAUAACGGAGUGAUUCAUGCUAUCAGGUCGUUUGAUUAUGAGCAAAUGAAGAGCUUUACUUUUAACGUGACUGCACGAGACGGUGGAUCUCCUCCACUAAGUUCGCAAGUUGUGGUAAACAUCAUGGUUCAAGAUCAGAACGACAACGCUCCUCAGGUUCUGUAUCCAGUACAGACUGGUGGCUCUCUGGUGACUGAGAUUGUCCCUCGUUCAGCAGAUGUUGGCUAUCUCGUGACUAAAGUGGUGGCUGUUGAUGUGGACUCUGGACAGAACGCCUGGCUCUCCUACAAACUACAGAAAGCUACAGACAGGGCGUUGUUUGAAGUGGGCCCACAGAAUGGAGAGAUACGGACUGUGCGCCAGGUCACUGAUAAAGAUGCUGUGAAACAGAAGCUCAUUGUUGUUGUGGAGGAUAACGGACUGCCAUCUAGGUCUGCGGUAGUUAAUAUUAAUGUGGCUGUGGCAGACAGUUUCCCAGAGGUGUUGUCAGAAUUUACAGACUUUACACACGGCAACGAUAACCUGACGUUUUAUUUAGUUUUAGCACUGGCAGCUGUUUCUUUCCUCUUCAUUACAUGUGUUGUUGUUAUAAUAUCAGUGAAGAUCUACAGGUGGAGACAGUCUCGCGUUUUAUAUCAGUCCAAUCUUCCAGUUAUUCCGUACUAUCCACCCGGUUACACAGACAUUGGAGUUACUGGAACUCUGCCGCACAUGUAUAAUUAUGAUGUUUGCAUGACGACUAAUUCGAGGAUGAGUGACUGUAAAUAUUCUACACUUGGUGGGAAGAGUGUUUUAGUGGUGGAUCCUAGUUUCACAGAGACUAUGCAGCGUGCCAUGAAGGAAAACCAGUUGUUUCAAGAUGAUUCAUCGGAAUUGAGUGUUCUACUGGUGGACCCCAGUUUCAAAGAGACUCUGCAACGUGCGAUGAAGGAAAAAAACUUUCUGGACGAUGUCGGUUCUUCAGAACUGGUAAGAACUUGCUAAAUAUUGCUAAACUGUUAUCGUUGCUAAUGUAGUAGCAGCAGCAACAACAACAUAAUCAGUAUAAUAAAC